AUGAAGUCCAUUGCCGCUCUUGCUCUCUCCACGCUCGUAGCUACGGCUGCUGGCCACGCCACCUUCCAAGAGUUAUGGGUUAAUGGAGCAGAUGAAGAAUCUACUUGCGCUAGACUCCCCGCAAACAACAACCCAGUCACCGACGUGAGCUCAAACGAUAUCCGCUGUAACGUUGGGGGCACUAAAGCGGCUGCCGCUAAGUGUAGCGUAGCUGCCGGCGACACCGUGACGGUAGAAAUGCACCAGCAGCCUGGUGACCGUGACUGCAGCAGGGAAGCUCUUGGCGGAAACCACUUCGGCCCCGUCAUAGUAUACCUGAGUAAGGUGUCGGAUGCUGCUACGGCCGACGGAUCCUCGUCUUGGUUCAAGAUCUUCGAGAUCGGCUACGACCCUGCCACCAAGACCUGGGGUAACGACAUCCUCAAUAAGGGCUGCGGUAAACAAGACGUCAAGAUCCCGUCCGACAUCGCCCCUGGCGACUAUCUCCUCCGUGCCGAAACCAUAGCGCUUCACACCGCAAGCCAAGCCGGCGGUGCGCAGUUCUACAUGACCUGCUACCAAAUCACGGUCACUGGUGGAGGCUCUGCCAACCCACCUGGAGUGAAAUUCCCUGGUGCGUACAGCGCCAACGACCCUGGCAUCAAGGUCGACAUCUGGGGCAACGGCUUCACCGAGUACGAGAUUCCCGGCCCGGCUGUGUACGAGGGUUAG